UCGACCCACUGACACGCCCAAAAAGUAAAAAAAGGAAAGAAAAAUGCUGAAAACACUGCACUAUAUAUCUUCCAUUUCAAUUCCUUUCCCGAUCCAAACUCACAGUUCGAUCAGAAAUGCACAAUUUUUUAUCAGAUCUAAGCUGAAUCGGAUCCAAUUUAGGUUUAAAAUUGUUUGAUUAGAUUCGGACCUCAGUGUUUAUUUCCGUGUGUGUGAUUUGGGAAUUGUAAAAUGUUGACGAAGUUUGAGACAAAGAGUAAUCGAGUUAAAGGAUUGAGUUUCCACAGUAAGAGGCCAUGGAUUUUGGCGAGUCUUCAUAGCGGCGUGAUCCAGCUCUGGGAUUACCGAAUGGGCACUCUCAUUGAUCGCUUUGACGAGCAUGAUGGUCCGGUUCGAGGCGUCCAUUUUCACAAGUCUCAGCCGCUCUUUGUCUCCGGAGGGGUUUCAUUGUUGAAUUGGUAAAUCUGCUGAUGGAUGACUUAUGGCGUGACAUUGAUUUGUAGUGCGGGUAAUACUUUCUGUUGUCCAUUAGCUAUUUUUUAGUCAUGCUGGACCAGAGAAAUUUCAAAACUUAUGAUCAUAAUGUUGUAAUAACCAUUAGGCAGUGGAUUCUAUGCUCCCAUUGUCUUUAUAAACUUUAGUAAAAGUUUGGUUUUCAUUUCUUUGCUUAUUAAUAAUUUCAUGUGGAACGAAUUGAUUGUUGAGGAGCAUACUCUCCCUUCAUGUGAACAUUCCAAUGCUUGACAAAUCAGUUAUCGUUUUUUUAUUUGAAAAUAAUCCUUUUUUUCCAAGUAAAGAAUGUUUGCAUAAUUAAGUGGGUAGAUACAUUUUUCUGGUUUAUAGCAAUGCUUGUCUUUG